UGUAAAGUGAGCGGCGUGCGGCGCCGCCAAUGGGAGAGGCGUGCGUUCCGCCCUCGCCCCUGUCCCCCGCUGGCGUCACAUGCCCGCGGCCAAUGGCCGUGCGGGCAGGGCGGGCUCUCCGGGCUCAGUCACGUUUCUGCCUGUAUGAAGUCGGUGCCGGGCUGCGCCAGGCUGGCUGGACGCGGUGUGCGUGGAAUAUACUGAUGACACUUUCAGAUUUGGAAAGAUCAUGAUUGGUACAUUCCUCAAGGUGUGACUUCAGUUCUCCACAGCAAGUGAACUUGGUUGGGGUCUUGUAAUACAGGUGUGUUCACUAAAGCAGGUUGUUCAUUCUUUCCUAAUAUUUGAAGUCUUCUAUGCUUGGAAUAGAUAUGUCUCAGUGAAAAAGACCUUUUUGAAAUUCCAUACAUAGAUGAACUCUUUUAGUUCUUUGGGAUUUGGACAUGCUCAGUCACCUGCAUGUUUCCUCUGAUAAAUAAUAGAAGAUCAGAAGAUUUGAUGGCCUCUAAUUCUACUCAAACUGAUAAAAUUACUGUUUUGAAUGACUUGUAUUUAGUUUCAGAUUAAAAUCCUUUUGGCUUAGAUUUAUCUUAGCUUUCAGUUAUAUUGUAUAAAGGCUUAUCAUGAGAAUUUUAAGUAGUUUACAAGGACUGUUUUUUCUUAAUGUCUUCCUAAAUACAUUAAGUAGAUGAAGCAAAUGUUACACCCAAUUAAAAUGGUGCAUGCUGCUACUGUGAAUACCCUCUUCAAACCUUUUUCAUUUUUUUUAAUCUAUGAAAAUGUCAUGAUGGAGGUCAUCAAAGUAGAAAAGUGUUGUGUCACUUCAUUAGUAGUCAGGCAGGAUCUUAUGGCCAAUUUCUUGUAGAUCUUGAUUAGUGAAGACGCUUAACUCCAUCAAGGAAAUACAGAUUACGGGGAGAUAAAUUAAUGUUAUUUAAGCCAGGAUUUAAGUAGUGCUGAAAGAAAUUCCACGUUUCUAGUGUCCAAGCUAAAAUUGCAGAAUCUGUAAGUAGCUCUAGAUAAGGCAAUUUCUAACACUUCUCAUGGUCAGAGAUACAGAGCUUAUAAUUUAAAUCCUGUUUUAUCAAUUUAUGAUAGACAGCCAUAAAACAUUUAAAGAACCACUGUACACAGAUUUGUAUCAUAAUCUGAGACUUCUAGAACUCAUAUUGGCUUUGUGACACAUUAUGCGGAGUGGAAUGUUAUGAAUAAGUUCUUCCUUAAGUCUGGCCAACACAAGUGUACUUUUAACAGUUGGUAGACAUACAAAAUCUUAAAUUAAGGCAUGUUAACAUGGGCUGCCUUCCAAAAUGGUUGGCUUGCGAUCUGAACACUGUUCCAGACGUUCCUUCUGCAUGUUCAAAUGAAACACUUAAAGUGAUGUAAUUGUUUACCACACAAAUGUCUAUCAUCUGAACUUCUAAUUUUCAUUCUACUGUUUUUAUACUGUUUUAUUGUGUUACAUGGCAGUGGAAUGUACCAAUAGACUUAAUUUCCUAGAUUUAAUAGUUUUCAGAUUUUCUUUUUUCUGCUGAAAUUCCCAGUGUCUUUUUUGGAAAACUGUUUUUCCUAGGAAGAAUAAUGGUGUGGAUGGACUUUGUUAGUACUGAGUUCUGAAUGUAAGGAAACCUUCAUUUAUUUAUUUUUUUUCCUGUGGCGGUGAGUGGGCCCUGGAACAGAUUGCCCAGAGAGGCUGUGCUAUCUCCAGCCUUGGAGAUAUUCAGGUCAUCGGGAAGUGGUUCUGGGUAGCCUGCUCUAGGUGACUGCCUGAACAGGGAGCUGGCCAAGAUGACCUCCAGAGGUCCCUUUUGACCUCCACCAAUUUUUGUAGCAGCCUAGUAAACUCUUUAAUGCUCAUACCAAGCCUAUAGUGAUGUAGGUAAGUUUAGAUCAGGUGUUAAAGUUGUAUUCUAACCAAAUUCCUUAAGCACUUGAGGCUCCUGUUGACUACAUCAGGCGUUUUGCUCUGGAGAGGUUGGCCAUUUGUUCUUGGUGUCUGUGUCAGCCCCUGCAGACUGUGUACAUACUAUACACGUACACAGUAUGAUACAGUACCAAUCGUGAACUGGAAGGGUUAUUUUGUCUAGUUUAGAAUAGUCUGUUAUUUCAAAGCUCUAUAAGACCUUACUUUAGACCGAAAGUAUUUGAAAUGCAAAUUUUUAUCUGGUUCCUCUGCUGGAUGACAGUUUCAUGUUUAACCAACAUUUAUUUGCAUAGGCAUGGCAUAUCUAUGAGCAUCUCUCUGCUAUCUGUUUGAAGAGGACACUGUUGGGGGGCCCAGGUAUUUCUUUUAUAUUUUAUAGUUGUAGAGGUGUCCGGACUCUGUAAUGGUCAAAGAUUUCCAGUAGAAGAGGAUGAGACAAGAAUUAAAUGCAUGUGGGAGACUCUGGACCUAGGCACUUCAUGCUUUUGAUGCUAGCUGGGAGGGAGCUUGAUAAACACUUAUACCAACUUUUCACAGAAAAACAGAUAUCUUGCAUAUUACUUUGGCCAAACAAGGAGACAAGUAGUAUUUCCUUCUGAAAAGCUCAAAAUAAAUGUAAAAUGUGUGGAAAAACAGCAAAUAGGAGGCUUCACCAGGCAAUGAGAAUCUAGCUUUUCAGCAAAGGCAAACAAGAAUUUUUUUUCUUCCUUCCCUUCCUCCUCAGAUCUGUGGGUCUGUACUUCCGAACAGAAUUUGUACAGAGAGAAAAUUCUGAAUAUGGCUUGAUUUGCUCUUGAUCUUGGCAUUGUUUCUAAUGCGUAUCCCAUGGACUCUAUCAAGUUCAGAGGGUUCUACUCUAGCACUGAGGAGCAGGACCCUGAGCAGCAACCUGGUAUCAGUGAAAAAGUUUCUUUGUCGUUCUCUUUAAAAGAGGAGCAGAAAAUGAGUGAUUAUUCUGGACUUGCAAAUAACCACAGCCAGAUGAUUGCUGAAGAUUCAGGAAUUCAGCAAAAGCCUGAACACUCUCAUGGAGUUCUUCAGGAAGAUAUCGAAAUGAGCAGUGGAUCCAGUGGAAAUGACUUCAGUGGAAAUGACACAAAUGAAAACUACUCUAGUGGGCAUGAUUCUCACGGCCACGAAUCUGAUGAAAAUGGGAAAGAUUCGGCAAUGCUCAUGGAAUCUUCAGACUGUCAUAAAAGUUCAAGCUCAAAUGCAUUUAGUCUGAUGAUUGCAAACUCUGAACACAAUCAGUCUAGCAGUGGAUGCAGUAGCGAGCAGUCCACUAAAGCCAAAACACAAAAGGAAUUGCUGAAAACAUUACAAGAGCUGAAAGCUCACCUUCCUCCUGAAAAGAGAAUUAAAGGCAAAUCUAGUGUCCUAACGACAUUGAAAUACGCCCUUAAAAGCAUUAAACAAGUUAAAGCCAAUGAGGAGUACUACCAACUAUUGAUGAUUAAUGAAUCCCAGCCUGCUGGACUCAAUGUGUCAUCUUACACAGUGGAAGAAGUUGAGACUAUAACCUCGGAAUACAUCAUGAAAAAUGCGGAUAUGUUUGCUGUAGCUGUUUCUUUGAUUACUGGGAAAAUUUUGUACAUCUCCGAUCAAGCUGCUUCUAUUCUCCGCUGUAAGAGGGGCUAUUUCAAAAAUGCCAAGUUUGUGGAGUUCUUGGCACCUCAGGAUGUCAGUGUGUUCUAUACUUCUACUACCCCAUAUAGAUUACCAUCAUGGAAUAUUUGCAAUAGAGCUGAGUCUUCCACCCAGGAUUGCAUGGAGGAGAAGUCGUUUUUCUGUCGCAUCAGUGCGGGAAAGGAGCGUGAAAAUGAGAUUUGCUAUCACCCAUUUCGGAUGACUCCUUACCUUAUCAAAGUGCAAGAUCCCGAAAUAGCAGAGGACCAGCUUUGCUGUGUGCUGCUUGCAGAAAAAGUACAUUCUGGUUAUGAAGCACCCAGAAUUCCUCCCGACAAAAGAAUUUUUACAACUACGCACACACCAACCUGUUUGUUCCAGGAUGUAGAUGAAAGGGCAGUACCUCUGUUGGGUUACCUACCUCAGGACUUAAUAGGAACACCAGUGUUGGUGCAUCUUCACCCAAAUGACAGGCCCUUAAUGCUAGCAAUUCACAAAAAAAUACUUCAGUAUGGAGGGCAGCCUUUUGACUAUUCACCCAUCAGGUUUUGCACUAGAAAUGGAGAUUAUAUAACCAUGGACACUAGCUGGUCCAGUUUCAUCAACCCUUGGAGUCGAAAAGUUUCAUUUAUUAUUGGAAGACACAAAGUUAGGACAGGUCCCUUAAAUGAAGAUGUCUUUGCUGCCCCCAACUAUACAGAGGAUAGAAUCCUUCAUCCCAGUGUUCAGGAAAUCACAGAACAAAUAUAUCGGCUAUUACUGCAGCCUGUACACAACAGUGGAUCCAGUGGCUACGGGAGUCUGGGUAGCAACGGUUCACAUGAGCACUUAAUGAGUGUGGCAUCCUCCAGUGACAGCACAGGAAAUAAUAAUGAAGACACUCAUAAGGAUAAACCAGAGGUUUGUCAAGAUGCCCGUAAGGUAAAAAAUAAAGGACAGCGUGUUUUCAGUGACAAUAAAGGAAAACUGGGAUAUAAGAGAGAGCCUUUUGCAGAAAAACAAAAUGGUCCUGGUGGUCAGGUGAAAGAUGUAGUGGGAAAGGAUACUGCAGUAACAGCUGCUCCCAAAAAUGUGACUACUGAAGAGCUGGCUUGGAAAGAACAACCUGUAUAUUCUUAUCAACAAAUUAGCUGUCUGGACAGUGUCAUCAGGUACUUGGAGAGUUGUAAUGUGCCUGGUACAGCAAAAAGGAAAUGUGAACCUUCAUCAACUGUUGCAUCACUGAAUUCUGGAGUUCAUGAACAAAAAACAGCUGAUAAUGCUAUACGGCCCUUGGAAGAUCCUGCUAUGUUGAAGGCAUCUGGUAAAUCAAACGGUCCCCCAGUGGUUGGUGCACACUUAACAUCUUUGGCUUUACCUGGCAAGCCUGAAAGUGUUGUUUCUCUGACAAGUCAGUGCAGCUACAGUAGCACCAUUGUUCAUGUUGGAGACAAAAAACCGCAACCUGAAUUAGAAAUGAUAGAAGAUGGUCCAAGUGGAGCAGAACUGUUAGAUGGCCAACUUCUUGCUCCUCCAUCCAGCUCUGCACACGUAAAUCAAGAAAAGGAGCCAUUUAAAAAACUGGGACUUACAAAGGAAGUCCUUGCAGUGCAUACGCAAAAAGAGGAGCAGAGUUUUUUGAAUAAGUUUAAAGAAAUCAAGAGAUUUAAUAUCUUUCAGUCCCACUGCAAUCACUACUUACAAGAUAAACCAAAAGGACGGCCUGGCGAACGUGGUGGCCGUGGACAAAGAAAUGGCACUUCUGGAAUGGAUCAAGCUUGGAAGAAAAAUGGAAAGAACAGGAAAUCAAAGCGCAUGAAACCACAGGAGUCUUCGGACAGUACAACUUCUGGAACUAAAUUCCCCCAUCGGUUCCCUCUUCAGGGUUUAAAUACUACCGCUUGGUCACCAUCAGACACUUCACAAGCAAGCUAUUCAGCAAUGUCUUUUCCUGCUGUUAUGCCUGCAUAUCCUCUUCCUGUUUUUCCAGCAGCAGGGACUGUGCCACCAGCUCCUGAGACUUCACUCUCUGGUUUUAAUCAGUUGCCAGACUCUGGAAGCAGUUGCCCUAUGCAGCCGUCCCAGUUCUCCACAUCCCUCAUGACACCUGUCGUAGCUCUUGUGCUCCCCAACUAUGUCUACCCGGAGAUGAACAAUAAUGUACCUCAAACACUUUACCACAGCCAACCCAACUUCCCUGCCCAUUCCACUUUCCCUUCGCAGACAGUAUUUCCCACACAGCCACCAUUCACUACACCCAGCCCUUUCCCACAACAGGCGUUUUUUCCAACGCAGCCAUUCCAUUACAAUCCACCAACAGAGAGUGAAAAGGUUCCUGUCACAGAACCACGAAAUGAGCCGUCCCGCUCCUGCACUCCGCAGUCAGUGGGUCCUCAAGACCAGGCGUCCCCACCUCUGUUCCAGUCAAGGUGCAGUUCUCCUCUGAAUCUUCUACAGCUGGAAGAAACCACAAAAACUGCUGAAACUGGAGCUCCUGCAGGUUUACAUGGAGGUUUAAGUGAAGAAGGAGCCAUAGGCCAAAUCAUGACAACUGAUAACUGUAGUAGAAAGGGAUCCUUACCAGCUGAAUCUCUGAUGGAUGCUCAAAAUAGUGAUGCACUCUCCAUGUCUAGUGUCCUGCUUGACAUUUUGCUUCAAGAAGAUGCAUGUUCAGGCACUGGUUCAGCUUCUUCAGGGAGUGGCGUAUCUGCAGCUGCUGAGUCCCUGGGGUCUGGAUCCAAUGGCUGCGGCAUGUCGGGGAGCAGAACAGGUAGUAGUGAAACUAGUCAUACCAGCAAAUACUUCGGGAGUAUUGAUUCCUCAGAAAACCAUCAUAAAACCAAAAUGAAGGCAGAAAUAGAAGAAAGUGAGCACUUCAUUAAAUAUGUCCUUCAGGAUCCUAUUUGGCUGUUGAUGGCAAACACAGAUGACACUGUCAUGAUGACUUACCAGAUACCUUCACGAGAUUUGGAAACAGUGUUAAAAGAAGAUAAGCAGAAAUUAAAGCAAAUGCAGAAACUACAGCCAAAAUUUACAGAAGAACAAAAAAAAGAGCUUAUUGAAGUUCAUCCGUGGAUCCAGCAAGGUGGACUGCCAAAAACUGUUGCUAAUUCUGAAUGUAUUUUUUGUGAGGACAAUAUGCAGAGCAAUUUUUAUACAUCAUAUGGUGAAGAAAUCCAUGAAAUGGACCUUAAUGAAAUGAUUGAAGACAGUGGGGAAAACAACUUGGUUUCCCUGAGCCAAGUCAGUGAAGAACAAACAUAGCCUUUGAGCCUGUUGUUUUCAAAGCUGCUUCAAAACUACAGUGAUGAUCCAUGAAGGUUUUAAUCUUGUAUCAGCAAGAUGAAUGCAGUUCAAAAAAACAAAUGUGUUUUUCUUGCUCUAGAAGAGUCAUUUGUGAAUGAAUCUCUUUUUAAAUGGUGGCAAUCUCUUCCCAAUAAGGACAUUGUUGAAGAUGGUAUAGCUUUUCUUUAAAAAAGACUCAUUUUGCACUUAUAUGCCUCAAGUAUUUCUUUAUAAACUAUAGAAAACUUCAUUGAUGCCUACUGCUUUUUGUAGAGUGGGUUAAUGAGUACUGAAAAUCCCCUUAUGUACAUAUGGUCCUUGAAAUCUCCUUUUGGUAAUGAUUCAGCAUUAUAAAUUGUUUUAAAAUUUUGCUUAAAGGCUCUUUAUCAUUGUUCUAGUAUUCUGGACCACUUCAAAUACUAAGAAGAUAAAACCUUCAAGCAAAUCAGUUCACACUUGCCCUUCUCAUACCAGUUGAUCUCAUCCUCUUUGUUUCUUGUAGUUUUGAAUGUAGGAGCCUUUUUUGUCUAAGAGAAAUGUUGAACUAAUUUUGUAAGAUGGUCUUGGGUUAAAAUAUUUCUGUGAAUGUGUAAGAACGUAUAGAUGAGUGCUGACAAGUUUGUAGCCUUUUAUUUAAAUGGACACUACAAUACUUUGGACUGUUUAUUACCUUGAAACAUAAUUUCUGAGAAUUUAUACACAAGAAACCUUUAUGCUUAAAGCUUUUAAACACUAAGACCACAGAGGAUGACUGCGUGUGCUCCAGUGACUGUUAGACAAAGCUUGGUAUAAAUUUAACCUUUAUUUCUGAUUCGUUCUGUCAGGAGGUUGGCCAUCAGUUUUUCUGGUGUGGCUAAACCAACAUCAAACGUGUAUGUGGCAAGAGGGGAUUAGACGUUUCUUGUCAUUUGAAGAUAGUUCUUAUAACAAGAGUGAUUUCGAGAAUAGCAUUGACACUCACUAUAUUUGAAUUGCAUUAUCUAAAAUUUAACGUGGCUGGAAUCCUUUGUCAAGGAUUUAAUUUUAAUGCCUCUGAGAUUGUAUGGACUUGAAUAUGUGUACUUUAUGUUCUUGUGCUGUUUAUACCUGUUGGAUGUUGGAAGAGAUCACAAAAGAGCAACUUUAAUAUAUUGGUUAGUUAAAGGACAUUUAGUUGUAUUGCUAGGUGUCAGCUGCCGGUCUUUGGGUGAAAAACAUGGAGAAAUUCCAUUUACUUUGAUAUGUUUGUCUCAAAAUAUUUUUCAUGGAACGCAUUUUCUUUUUUAUUCAGAUAACAUUUCUGUUCACCAAAACGUUAAGGUUAUGCUCAUUCUAUAAAAAUCUUUAUCUUCACAUAUGAAGAGGAUGUGAAGUUAGAUCUGACACCACCGAAACAUGCGGAAGUGACUGGUAUUUGUGUCAAGUAAUUUGUUAUUGAUUGGACAGUGUCAUGAGGAAACUUGCCCUGGCGACAGGUUCUACGGAUAGCAGAGUGUGUGAACUUGUGAAACAAGUAGAAUCACAAUUUAAAAAAUAUCUUAAAUGUAGUGCAAAGCACUGCCCAGCAAGAUCUGGUUCCUGUCUUUAAUAGUUUAGUAAGGUCAAACUUAAAUAUGUGUAAAUAUAAACUGAAUGAGAAAUUUUUAAAUGUUGGUGUUUGAGUCUGAUGUAUUAAAUGUUUUAACCAUAAAUGGAACAGUGCAGCUAUACCAACAUGUUAAAUAUAUUCCAUUUUUACAUGUGAACUCAAAUAGUUUCAAUUGGACCAGGGUUUUGGAAAAAAAAGCUUUAUGUAAAAGGAGUGCAUCAUAAUUAUACAAAUUAUUUUCAGGGACUUCUAAACCACUUUGAAAUUUGCUUUAGCAUGCUUUUUUUUUUGCUUUUUUUCUUUAUUUUUUUCUUUUUUUUUUUUUCCAAUUACCAUCUUGUAACCAUAACUUAGUGAAAGGAAGAGAAAAGUAUAUUUAGAGCAUUUUGUGGAUGUGCUUUCUUAUGGACUUAAUCUUGCAUCCUUAAAGUGUUUGCAUUUACAGGGUGGUAUAUAAAUACUCCCCUAUAACUUUAAAUCUACAUGCCUCCAUUUAUAGAUAAGAUUCUGAAGCUGUAGUUUUUCCAAACUGUUGUAAGAUGAUUUAUUUGUGAUGACACUUUGUCAACAUGUCAACGAUGUUUUCUGUACACCGUGCAAUAUAUUUUGGUUUUGCCACUUGUGACUAAUUUUUAUGACUUCGCUUUUUAGAAAACUGGUAAAUAAAACAGAUAUAUUUUUA